AUGAGCGACAAGGGCAACGAACACGCGGUGUGCUGGGCGGAGAUUCCGGUGACCGACAUGGAGCGCGGCAAGGCGUUUUAUGGCACGGUUCUGGGCAUCGAACUGGUGGACAACAAUGCCGGACCGAACCCGAUGGCUGACUUUCCGACCAGCGACCCGAAGAAAGGCAUUGCGGGCCAUCUUUAUCCCGGCAAGCCGGCGCCCAAGGGCACGGGCAACACGAUCCAUCUGGUGGCCAGCGACCCGCUCGACCGGGUGAUGGAACGGGUCAAGGCGGCGGGUGGCGAGGUGGUUUCACCGGCGAUCGACAUUCCGGCCGGCAGCUUCUUCUACGCGCACGAUCCGGACGGCAAUUCGAUCGGUCUUUUCAACUUCAAGAGCUGA